AUGGACGAUUCUUACGAGAACGACUCCGACUACGAUUAUGGCUACGAAGAGGGUAUCACACCCGAGGAUUGCUGGACUGUGAUCUCAUCUUUCUUUGAGACAAAGGGUCUUGCAUCGCAGCAGACCGACUCUUUCGAUGAGUUCACACAAACUACUGUCCAGGAUCUUGUCAACGAAUACGCCAACAUCUCUCUCGAUCAGCACAAUCCGCCUUCGCCCCCUGGACAGUCGAUCGCACUUCGCCGAUAUGAGAUCAAGUUUGGCAGUGUCUUGGUUUCCCGUCCGUCUAUCAGUGAGACGGACGGUACCGUUACUUCACUCCUACCUUACGAGUGUCGUGACCGAAACCUGACCUAUGCUUCACCGACUUACCUCAAGAUCGAUAAGAAGGUGUCCGUUGCCAUCGACAAGGAGAUUCCUCUUAACGAGAUGGACGAAGAGCAGCAGGCGGAGUACAGGCGAACCGGAAUUCAUCCUACCAAGCUCGUUUGGGAGGUCGAGGAGAGUGGUGAAAGUAUGAAGGGUGGGGAUGAUCAAUCAGACAUGGUCUUUGUGGGUAAGAUGCCUAUCAUGGUCAAAUCCAGGAUUUGCCAUCUGAGCAGGCACUCGGACGAGGAACUGUUCACACUUAACGAGUGUCCCUACGAUCAAGGUGGUUACUUCGUUAUCAACGGUAGUGAAAAGGUCCUGAUCGCCCAGGAACGUUCUGCCGCCAAUAUCGUCCAGGUUUUCAAGAAAGCCCAGCCCAGCCCCUUUACCUACACUGCUGAGAUUCGAAGUGCCCUUGAGAAGGGCUCACGUCUUAUCUCCAGUCUUAUGAUGAAGCUGUAUGGUAAGGGAGACUCUGCUCGUGGUGGCUUUGGUCAAACUAUCCAGACUACUCUACCAUUCGUCAAGGCUGAUCUCCCCGUUGCCAUCGUCUUCCGAGCUUUGGGUGUUGUUUCUGAUGAGGAUAUUCUCAACCACAUUUGCUAUGACAGAAACGAUAGUCAAAUGUUGGAAAUGCUUCGUCCUUGUAUCGAGGAAGCUUUCUGUGUCCAGGACAGAGAAGUUGCUCUCGAUUUCAUCGGAAAGCGUGGAAACCGAGACCAGGCCAGUCUCGGACGUGAGAAGCGUGUUCGUGUCGCAAAGGACAUUCUCCAGAAGGAGACACUACCCCAUAUUUCCCAAUCAGAGGGUAGCGAGACCCGCAAGGCGUUCUUCCUGGGUUAUAUGGUGCACAAGCUUCUUCAGUGCGCGCUCGGCCGUCGUGAGCCCGAUGACCGUGAUCACUUUGGAAAGAAGCGACUUGAUCUUGCCGGUCCCCUGUUGGCCAAGCUCUUCCGUGGCAUUAUAAGGCGAAUGAACACUGAGCUUUCCAACUAUCUCAAGCGUUGCGUUGAGUCUAACCGGCAUUUCAACCUGAACGUUGCCAUCAAGCCAGGAACCCUGUCCAAUGGUCUCAAGUACUCCCUGGCUACUGGUAACUGGGGAGAUCAAAAGAAGGCUGCAAGCUCCACAGCUGGUGUCUCUCAGGUGUUGAACAGAUAUACAUUUGCUUCCACUCUUUCACAUUUGCGACGUACCAACACACCUAUUGGUCGUGAUGGUAAACUUGCGAAGCCUCGGCAGCUGCAUAACACUCACUGGGGCUUGGUGUGCCCUGCCGAGACACCAGAAGGUCAGGCUUGUGGUCUGGUCAAGAACUUGUCGCUGAUGUGCUACGUGAGUGUGGGUUCGCCAGCCGAGCCUUUGAUCGAAUUCAUGAUCAACAGAGGUAUGGAAGUUGUUGAAGAGUACGAACCAACAAGAUAUCCUCACGCGACCAAGGUUUUCGUCAACGGAAGUUGGGUCGGCGUCCACCCUGAUCCUAGGCACCUGGUGAACUCCGUCCUGGACACACGACGAAAGUCUUACGUCCAGUUCGAAGUUUCCCUUGUUCGUGACAUCCGUGACCGCGAAUUCAAGAUUUUCUCUGAUGCAGGCCGAGUCAUGAGACCAGUCUUCACAGUGCAACAAGAGGAUGAUUACGAAACCGGCAUCAAUAAGGGACAGCUAGUAUUGACAAAGGAGCUCGUGAACAAGAUUGCCCAGGAGCAGGCAGAGCCACCUGCUGAUCCAUCGGAAAAGAUUGGAUGGGAGGGCCUCAUCCGCUCUGGAGCUGUGGAGUAUCUCGACGCCGAGGAAGAAGAAACCGCAAUGAUUUGCAUGACGCCUGAAGAUCUCGAAAUCUAUCGUGAACAGAAGCAGGACGAGGUUAAUCUUACAGAGGAAGAGAAGCGGGCCAAGCAAGAAGCAGAGAAGAGGGAGCAAGAGGAAGAACGCAACAAGCGUCUGAAGACGAAGGUCAACCCCACAACUCACAUGUACACACACUGUGAGAUUCAUCCCAGUAUGAUUCUGGGUAUUUGUGCCAGUAUCAUUCCCUUCCCCGAUCACAACCAGUCUCCUCGUAACACUUACCAAUCUGCCAUGGGUAAACAAGCUAUGGGUUUCUUCUUGACAAAUUACUCUCGACGUAUGGAUACUAUGGCCAAUAUUCUCUACUAUCCGCAAAAGCCUCUCGCCACCACCCGAUCCAUGGAGUUUCUCAAGUUCCGUGAAUUGCCGGCCGGUCAAAACGCCAUUGUUGCUAUUGCUUGUUAUUCAGGAUACAACCAGGAAGAUUCCGUCAUUAUGAACCAGAGCAGUAUUGAUCGAGGCCUGUUCCGCAGUCUCUUCUUCCGAUCAUACUCGGAUCAGGAGAAGAAGGUCGGUCUUAACUACACAGAAAUAUUCGAGAAGCCCUUCCAACAAACAACGCUUCGAAUGAAGCAUGGAACAUACGACAAGCUCGACGAGGAUGGUAUCGUGGCUCCUGGUGUGCGAGUGUCAGGUGAAGAUAUCAUCAUUGGCAAGACUGCGCCUAUCGAUCAGGAGAAUCAAGAUCUCGGUACCAGAACUCAGUCGCACCAGCGCCGCGAUAUCUCUACACCUCUGCGAAGUACAGAGAACGGUAUUGUUGAUCAAGUCAUCUUGACCGUCAACGCCGACAAUGUCAAAUACGUCAAGGUCCGAGUACGAACAACCAAGAUCCCCCAGAUUGGUGACAAGUUUGCUUCUCGUCACGGUCAAAAGGGUACAAUUGGUGUAACUUACCGACAGGAGGAUAUGCCCUUCAGCAGAGAGGGUCUGACUCCCGAUAUUAUUAUCAACCCUCACGCCAUUCCAUCUCGAAUGACAAUUGCCCAUUUGAUUGAGUGUCUGCUAAGUAAAGUCUCAACACUUGAGGGUAUGGAGGGUGACGCGACGCCCUUCACCGAUGUCACUGUCGAUUCCGUGUCGGAACUUCUGAGAAAGCACGGCUACCAGUCUCGAGGUUUCGAGGUUAUGUACAAUGGUCACACUGGACGUAAGCUCCGCGCCCAAGUCUUCUUUGGACCUACAUACUACCAGCGACUUCGUCACAUGGUGGACGACAAGAUCCACGCUCGUGCCCGUGGUCCCGUCCAGAUUAUGACCCGACAGCCUGUCGAAGGUCGUGCUCGAGAUGGUGGUCUUCGAUUCGGAGAAAUGGAACGUGAUUGCAUGAUUGCUCAUGGUGCUGCUGCCUUCUUGAAGGAACGUUUGUUUGAGGUGUCUGAUGCCUUCCGAGUCCAUGUCUGUGAAAUUUGUGGACUCAUGACGCCGAUUGCCAACCUUUCCAAGCAGUCGUUCGAGUGCCGACCUUGCAAGAACAAGACCAAGAUUGCCCAGAUCCACAUUCCUUACGCCGCCAAGCUGCUCUUCCAGGAGCUACAGGCCAUGAACAUUGCCGCCAGAAUGUUUACCAACCGAUCCGGAGUUUCAAUUCGUUAA